CUCACGACUGCCGUCGACAUAAGCUUUGAUCGUCCACCUUUCGGACGCCGUCCGCACCGCGCGCAAUCACGAAUGCUGACACCUCAAAGCUGCGUGUAUCACUUCAGUCGCGGGUGCGAUCAUCAGUCUUGUAGGUAGCUGACUGCUGCAUGGUGUGCGCCCGUAUCUCGUCACUUCCAUUUCACAUUCGUGGUCAUGUGCGGCCGCUUUCCCAAUGCUCUGGACGCGAACAGACACGCUGCCGCUAUCAACGACUGGCUAAGCAGGGCUCAUCGUGGAGUCAGACCAUCUCAUGGCACGAGGCACGAGCGGCGUGAGGAGCAAGGAGGCGGUGGGCAUGGGUGCGGUCCGUCUGACGACGGGCAUGGUGGUGCAGAUGGAGCAGAGGGUGCAGAGUCAGCUGAGCCAGAUCAAGAGCCGCCUUUCGUCACCGCAUCACCUGGAUUAGAUAGGGGCUAUCAUCCUACUACCAAUGUAGCACCCACUGCCUUUUCUCCAGUGCUGUAUAGGCUAGGCGCAGCGCGCCAAGGCAAACAGUCAGAUGACACCUUGCUGCUCGAGCCGAUGAGGUGGGGCUUGCUACCACCCUCCACCAAGGUCAUCCCCAAGGGCCAAGACAUGAUCCGCACCAUCAAUGCGCGUGCAGACACCAUUCUUUCCGGUCGGGGUCUGUGGAAUUCACCGUUCACAAAAGGCAAGAGAUGCGUCGUGUGGACACAAGGCUUCUACGAAUGGCUGGCCACUCCUCAAGCUAGAUUACCUCAUCUCAUUGGGAUGCCCAACCAUGGCCUUGGCAGGACGGCGGCUGAUGGCAAGGAGAGGGAAAUGAUGCCUAUGGCAGGACUGUGGGAAGAAUGCACUUUGGAUGAUGGGACCAAAGUGAAGAGCUUCGCCAUAUGCACUACGGAGAUCAACAAGCAGCUUGAAUGGCUUCAUACACGCAUGCCAGUCAUCCUCCCAGACCUCAGGGCCAUGCAAGUUUGGCUCGGAACAGUCGAAGCGCCUCUUUCUCAUGUGGCAGCUCUCAUGCGGCCUUACCCAGGAGACCUCGAGUGUUACAGAGUCCCUCAAGAGGUUGGAAAGACGGGAACCGAUGAUGCAAAGUUUCUUCUACCCAUCGAGCAGCGCAAAGAUGGGAUCGCGCGAGCCUUCGGCCGCUUGAUGAAGAGGGACGCAGAGGAAGAUGGGGGCGCUUCGGAGCAGCAGCACAGGGCACAAUUGAAGAAGGUCAAGAAGGAAGAGGACAGGGAGAUCAAGACCGAAGCCGAGAAAUCUGGAUCUUCAGCGCCGAGACACGAAGACGCAAUUAAGCGCGAGCGCGAGGUGUGCGCAGGUGGAACACUAGCCAUGAAAGAGGAGGAGGAAAAGGAUUCGAUCCUUCGAGCGACUGAGCAGGUCGAAAGGGAUGCACAAGAUGCCGAAAUAACCUGGCAGGAGGAGCAUAAGGUUGAUGCUGGAAAUAUCAAGCGCGAUCCUUCGGAGUCAGAUCAGGAUCAAAUCAAAGCUGAUAGAAAGUUUGCUGAAGAGCUGCAGAGGUCAGAGGGACCUUCGACCGCGAACGAUGAGGCCAAGUCCGAGCCACCGCACGUGCUUGAUCAGCAUCGAGGCUUGUCCGACUCUGAGCCUUCGGCCGGAAAGCCCGCACGCAGCUCCAAAUUCUCACCUGAGCCUUGGAACCCACCCUCUUCUACCUUUGGGUCAUUCGAUACAAGACCUAGUGGGAACGGCAAGACAAGUCAAGCUUCGCCCACUGGCCCCACCAGGCUGGAAAAUAUGCUCUCUGCUCAGAGAUCCGCCGCCCACUCUCGACCCGGUGUUCCCAUCUCGCCCAAGUCGAACGGAGCUUCGCGAGACAGUCCGAUGAAGGGGCAAGCAGGAUCGCCGAAGAGCAAAGCUAAAGAUGGAGCGGCCAAGGGCGCACCAGAUAUUCGGAGUUUCUUCAAGCAGUAACGCGUUCUCUGCCCUCUUUGCUCUCACCGCCUUCUUGCCCUGCCUUGACUGUAUCACUACCGAUCACGCUUGCCAUCACUUGUGUCCAAUUAGCAUCAUCAUUGAGUCCGUCUAUACAGG